UGGCAGUGGAUUUAGUAAAUAAAUAUCCACUUCUUGGAGACCCUCGCAGGAAGAAUUUAGGGGCUGAAAUGUGGUAUUUCAAUUCUGCACAUUCACAAGGAUCGACAGGAUUCUUGGAAGAAAGGAUCAAAAAUCAACGAAAAAAACUUACCAAGAAGAAGAUAAUUGAAAAAACUGUUGAGAUAGACAUUUAUCCACUCCCCUGGGAUUCCGAAUUUGACGAAGAAAAUCCGGAACCUGACGAAAAAACGCUGGAGUAUUUACGGCAGAAUCGAGGUGCAGAUAUUAUUGACACCAUGAAAUCAACCGUGUUCAUGCGCCGAACAGUCAUUAGAGAUGAGAUUAAGGACAAUUUGGCUGGUUUCCGUCGAAUUCCUGCAAUUAUUCCUCGUUUAUUUGAUAUGCAAGGAACGGUAGGCUGCGGCACCCACAGCUGAAACUAAUAAUUUAUGAACGUUGGCCAAUAGCUUCAAAACUUCUAAUCAAAUAUGCCGAAGAAAGUUCAAUUAAUUAUAAGAAGACACUAGGGCUUCAUAAGCCAAAAUCAG